GCAGCUUUGGUUGGAAUGGUGAAAUUGUACGAAGUACGUAAAUGGCGGAAGAGGGAUGGGAGGCUGCCUUUGGACUCGCAAGCGUGUGCAUGUACCGGUGCCGUCGUCAUGCAAAGCCAACAAACGUGGGCGCAGCCCCAUUCGAUCGCCCCCGCGCCAAGACAGACAGCUAGACUUCACUUGAUACAACAGGAGUGGACUACUAGUACAACCAGUAAGAGCAGCCAUUAGAUUGCCUGCUCGAGGCUUUCUCACAUCAUUUCUUCUCUUCUCUCCUGUUCUCUCUCUCUCUCUCUAUAUACAUCUACGCAGGCGUUUCCCCUAUGCUUGGAACUAGCAUACCGUAUGCCAGUACUAUGAAACGCGACCUAAAGUAGCCACCCGGUUGAAGAGCUUGCUCCCAGGAUCUCCCUUCUUUUUAUAACACCACAACUGCUACCACAGUCAGAAUCCAGACAACGACAGACAAUGCCACCAAAUCCCAUCCUGAACAACUCUACCGUCUCGACGAACGCACCCCCUGAGACCAAGGCAGUCAACCAGCGCCACCUCAAUGUAGCACUUCAACAUGCGAACAUCAUCGAGCAGCGCAAGAAGGUCGAGGCCCAGGUACUGGAAUCUAUCAUAGCGCUCAUGGACUUCCCGAACUCUCCAGACGCAGAUCCAAAACGUCCCUCAGCUUCCGACGCCACUCUGUUCCGAGAGCACCUGGUUCUUUUUCAACCCUCAGACUACGACUCGCUCAUCGAGGAACGCAAUAUUGCGGACAAAUGCGGAUACACACUUUGUCCACGUCCGAAGAAAAAGACGCGGUCAGGGGCUAAAAAGCAAUUUGUAGACACUGAGAGAGGUGUAGAAAUUGUAGACAAAAAGGUGCUCGAGGUUUGGUGCUCAGAGGAUUGUGCAAAGAGAGCUCUCUACGUGAAGGUUCAGCUGAACGAGGAGCCCGCAUGGACGCGACCGGAGAGUUAUGGUGAGAAGAUUGAACUAAUGGUUGAAAAUCCGGAGGAGCACCACAAAGUAUUACCGUUGCGCCUCAAGAGCGAAAACCUUACUCCGACACCUACAAAGCCUAGCGAAGAAGACGAGAUCGCAGCGGCAUGGCUCGCACGAGACGAUGCUCUGGCAGAUUUGGCAAUUGAGCGUGGCGAGAAGCCUGGACGCUUGAGUAAAGCGAGCAAAGAUCUCAUGACUGCCAACAUCAAGGAGCGCGUCGCCAGUGCAACUCCUCCUGUUGCGCCUUCUCUUGAUGACCAACCUUCCCAGGCGCACAUGGCCAUUGAGGGGCACGUACCAAGAGAAAAUCGAAGAGAUCAACAGUUAGAUGAGGAGGAUGACACUGAAGAUUGGGAUAGACACCUUCCAGGGUGAUCAAGCCGCCUUAAGAGAGAUCGAUCACAGAAUGAAGACUCACAAGACGAAUUGCCACUCGAGCAGCUCUCGCCUACAUAGACCACUUUUGACUUUGGAAUGAACAGCUAUACACAGGGUAAAACUGUGUAUAUCACGGAGAAUUCCUAGCGACAUCUCCGGUACAGAAAUGUACCUAGCAGAAACCUUCAGCUUGGGAGAGAUGUGAGGCAUAAGGGUUGGCUUGAUUUUGCCGGCCAAACUCCAGUAGUAGGAGAUGGAUUGAACAGGCUAUUCAGCCAUAGCUAUCACCCAUGCAAAGAUUCAGCCAGAAUAAACUCUGCAGCAUCUCCAUCACCAUUGUCAUAGCAAUAAUUUAAAUAUUACUGAACUAUUCUG